GCCCCGCGGGCACGGGCUAUAAAAACCCCGCAGGGGAUUGAACGUCUACAGCCGCGUUCUCGCUUCAACAGUGCUUGAACGGAACCUGCUGCUCCCGGCCUUUCGUCCAUCCCGGCCCCCUCUCCAUCCGUCCAUCCGUCCCGCCAUGGACUCCCAGAUCCGCCAGAACUACCACCGCGACUGCGAAGCCGCCGUCAACCGCAUGGCCAACAUGGAGCUCUAUGCCUCCUACGUCUACCUCUCCAUGGGGUUUUACUUCGAGAGAGACGACGUGGCCCUGUCGCGGCUGGCCCGUUUUUUCCUGGAGCAGUCGCGGGAGGAGCGGGAACACGCCGAGGGACUCCUACGUUUCCAGACGCGCCGCGGGGGCCGUGUUCUCCUGCAGGAUAUCAAGAAGCCGGAACGGGACACCUGGGGGUCGGCGCUGGAGGCGGUGGAAGCGGCGCUGCAGCUGGAGAAGUCUGUGAACCAAGCGCUGCUGGACCUCCACGGCCUGGCUGCCGAGAAGGGGGACCCCCACCUUUGUGACUUCCUGGAGUCCCACUACCUGGACGAGCAAGUGAAGGCCAUCAAGGCGCUGGGGGACCAUGCCACCAACCUGCGACGGCUCACCGCUGGCCCCACUGGGCUUGGGGGGGCCUCGGCUGGCCUCGGCGAGUACCUAUUUGACCGCCUGAGCUUGGAGGAGCGCAGCUGAACCUUCCUCCACCUUUGCCUCCAGGAGCAGCCCCCAGGAUUGUCUUCCUGGGUGCCCCAGACCCCUGUAACCCCCGUGCCCCAUUCAAGGGGGCUGUGCCUGCUGGGCCCUCUCAGCAUGAUUCCAAUAAAGGGUCUGUCUUUGUGUC